AUGGACCAGUCCGUUCAGCGCUUGUUGAAUGACAAGCUCUACGAUAAGAGGAAGCAGGGUGCUCUGGAGCUCGAGAAGAUCGUCCGAGAUGCUACAAUAAAAGGAGAACAUGAUCAGAUCCGCGAGAUAGUAGAUCAACUGUGCCACGACUACGCCUAUGCUGUGCAUCAACCACAUGCUCGCAAUGGAGGACUUAUUGGCCUGGCUGCCGCUUCGAUUGCUUUGGGAUCGGAAGGUGUAGCUCCGUACCUGCAAGAAAUCGUUCCUCCGGUGCUUGCUUGUUUCUCAGAUCAAGAUGCACGAGUAAGAUACUAUGCGUGCGAGAGUAUGUAUAAUAUCGCCAAGGUUGCCAAAGGAGAGAUUCUACCAUUCUUCAAUGAUAUCUUCGAUGCUCUCUGCAAGCUCGCAUCAGACUCGGAACUCUCGGUCAAAAAUGGCGCGGAGCUACUCGAUCGAUUAGUGAAAGAUAUCGUCGCCGAAUCGGCUGCGUCAUAUGUAUCCGUGUUACAGCUCGGAGAGAAGUCGUUACAAGACCUGGAUCAGGCACGAGAUAUAGACGAAACAUCAGUCGACCUCCCAACCGCAUUUUCCCUUUCCAUGUUCAUACCACUAUUACAAGAGCGGAUAUAUGUUCUCAAUCCAUUUACUCGGACAUUCCUUGUCUCAUGGUUGACUCUACUCGACACAAUACCAGACUUGGAACUGGUGUGUUACCUGCCGGCUUUCCUCGGAGGAUUGAUCAAGUUUCUCGGGGACCCUAACAAAGAUGUGAAUGUGGCCACUCAGGGUCUUCUGGAGAGAUUCCUCUCCGAAAUCAAGAGGAUUGCGCGCAUUAAGAAAGGUAUUGCGGAAAGCAAGAAAAGUAAAGAGGAUAUUGCAGCUGCCACGGUUGCUAGUGAGAAUACUAGUGUCGUCACCGGCAACAGUGAUGAAUUAGAGGGAAGCGACGAUAUAAUAGCAGAUUCUGUCUCAGCGGAUGCGAACGAUGACGAGCAGAGCAUUGCAGUUGAUGGAGAUUGGGUACCUGGUCAAGACGCUUAUGUCGAUUAUCCGAAAAUUCUGGAGAUUUUGGUCGGCUUUGUAGACACUACAUACGACGAGGAGAUGCAAUUAACGGCACUGCGGUGGAUUGAUGCCUUCUUCGAAAUCAGCCCGGAGGACAUACUUCAAUUCGUCCCAGCACUUUUGAUCCAAGUUCUACCCGCCAUAUCGAGUGGUUCUGACCAAGUACGACAAGCGGCAACAAGGGUCAAUACCUCGCUUAUGGAAUAUAUCGUUUCCCUUUCAGAUGAGGCAAAUGAGAGCUAUCCUUCAAGCGCGUCGAAAGGAACACAGUCGUCAGCUGUAAAGGAAAGCGAUGAAAGAAGGGCCUCCGUACAGAGUGGAAAACCUUCUGUUGAUAAUCAAAGCAUUGAUGCCCCUGCUUCAAGCCCGCCAUCCGAUCUAGACUAUGCUGCAGCAGUCAACUCUUUGACCCUGCAAUUCUUGAAUGAGAACGAGGGCACCAGAGUAGCUGCUCUAUCAUGGCUAAUUAUGCUUCAUCGAAAAGCACCUCGCAAGGUCCUGGCCUUUAACGAUGGCACAUUCCCGGCUUUGUUAAAGACAUUGUCAGACCCAGCCGAGGUAGUUGUUACCAAAGAUCUUCAGCUUCUUUCUCAGAUUUCGAGGAACAGUGAAGAUGGAUACUUUACCUCAUUUAUGAUCAAUCUUCUGCAACUCUUUUCAACGGACAGGAAACUUUUGGAAGUGCGUGGAAACCUGAUUAUUCGUCAACUAUGCAUGAACCUGAGUCCAGAACGUAUUUAUCGGACGUUAGCAGACUGCCUUGAAAAGGAAGAGGAUAUUGAAUUUGCAAGUAUAAUGGUGCAGAAUCUUAACAAUAACCUCAUAACAGCACCAGAACUUUCCGAUCUUAGAAAGAGAUUGCGAAGCUUAGAUAGCAGGGAAGGGCAAACGUUGUUUGUUGCUUUGUUCCGGUCAUGGUGCCACAAUGCCGUUUCCACGUUUUCCCUAUGUCUGCUUGCACAAGCAUACGAACAAGCAUAUAACCUGUUACAGAUAUUUGCGGAAUUAGAGAUGACGGUGAAUAUGUUGAUUCAGAUUGACAAAUUGGUGCAACUUUUGGAAUCUCCAGUUUUCACCUACCUCCGACUGCAGCUACUGGAACCCGACAGAUAUCCACAUCUAUAUAAAUGCUUGUACGGUGUCCUCAUGCUUCUUCCUCAAAGCUCGGCGUUUGCUGCUUUGAAAAAUCGUCUGAACAGUGUGAGCAAUAUCGGCUUACUACAAGGGCCUCGCCCACCUGUCGCUGCUAGCGGAGGUUACGAGCGACCCGCAGGAAGCCGCUUGAAAAACCGGGAAGAUAGCUCCGUGAGGUGGACGGAAUUAUUAGACAAAUUCAAGAAUGUGCAGGAAAAAUCCAAACGCCAUCAACGAGCAUCACAGCGCCAGUUCGAGACAGAUUCAACCGGCGCCAACUUCAAACAGCCUUCACUCAUCGGUGCGCUAUCCGUAGCUGCCGCAACCGAUCAUCAAGGCGGCAGGGAUAAAGUGCUUCCCGACGUACCAAGAAGCGGAUUUGGCAAUGCAGGGCUCGGGAUAUCUGGCCGUUCAGAUGGUGCGGCACGAGAUGGUCGAUCUACUCCGACAAACAAGAGCAGGUCCAGUCUCAGUCAUCUCGGCCGGCUAGGCAUUGGCGUCGACUACUUGAUCAAUCCGCAAGCACACCACUACAAUCGCGAACCUCGAGUAGGCGCCGGCAUCGCUAUCAUUGUUGUCUUUUACGUCCUACUCUUUCCUGCGAUCGUCACAUAUAUUCGUCUCUAUCUUGUUGUCGCAUUCAAUCCAGACUACUUACCGAGAGGAGUGAAUUGGGUACCUACUGAGACGGAACAUGAAAGCUGGUUGUCGAAGAGGCGUAGGAAGACUGAGAAGUCAAAAUCGGAUCACGGAAACGGAAUUAUGACUGGGAGCAAGGAGAAAGUACAACGGACAGCUGCCGAAUCUGCCGAUAUCGCGCGACAGACUGGCGGAGUCGCAUUUCCGCUCGACGAGAAUGGUCAGGAGGAAUUCUGGAUGAAGGAUAUCUAUGUCUGUCAAGAUGAUGGACGGCCGGCCUACUGCUCAACAUGUUGCCAGUUCAAGACUGAUCGAUCGCAUCAUAACCGCGAUGCUGACCGCUGUGUGCGUAAACUCGAUCAUUUCUGCCCAUGGGUUGGUGGAGUUGUUUCGGAGAGCUCGUACAAGUUCUUUUUGCAAUUCGUUGUAUAUACCGCCUUCUUCACGUGCUUUUGUCUGAUUGUACUUGCUAUAUUUGUCGCUGAGCAUCGUGCUGAUACUGGCAGAACGAAUGCUCACUGGGCUGUCGGGUUAGGGUUAGCUGCUUUAUUCCUCCUCUUUUCUGGAGGAAUGAGCGGAACAACGCUGCAACUCGCCUCCAUCAAUACUACGACUAUUGAAAAUCUUAGCAGGCGGUCCAAGGUAUGGAUGUUUGCCAUAUAUAUCAGCCCACAACAAUACCAACGUAUGACGAGUCGGCAAAAUGGUCAGUGGGCUCUGACUUUUCCCACCGUGACAUUUCCGCCUCAACCUCCAUCCGCGUCCUCUACUACACCUACGGCUAGGGCAGAAGCUCAGCCUACAGCAACCAAUGGCGUAACGAGCAACACGACCUAUAAUACAAAUUAUACUGAUCAACCCGCAAAGGACAUACGAAUGUUCGCAAUCCUUCGCACUCAACCCGGCGAGAAUCCUUUCGACUUGGGCGACCCCAUCCAAAAUCUAAGACAGGUCAUGGGCCAUACACUUUGGGAUUGGCUGCUACCGUUGAGAGUAGCGCCAUGUGUAGACCAUAGUAGCACUGUCAGUGCAUAUCCGAUGGGUCCUGUGGUGGAACGUCUGAAACGAGAAGCUGGUAUAAUAUUUGAAGAUGAUGAAGCAGAGGAUGUACAUAACGCCCACCAACAGCCCAAUGUGACACAUCAGAAAAGCGUGGAUGGGAAUGAAACACAAAACAGAUAG